GGGGGGGGUUGCAGGAAAAGACGUCGCCAUAGUAACGCACAGAGUAGUCCUCGGUAACAACGGUCUACAGCUAAAACAAUCUAGCAGCUAUGGAGGGUUCCGAUACAUACUUGAUACGACCUAAUCAUCAGCACAAGUUUAAGCCAGCCGUUGUGAAGGAUUGUGUUCGUGAAAUUGUGAGGGAGCGACUUUCUGGGGUGCGGUAUGAUCCAGAGGAAGUCUCAGAGCUCUCUUGUUCACUGGCAGACUGCGUGAAGAACAAAGUAAAGAAUGCAGGAUUUGACAGAUAUAAGCUUGUCGUUCAGGUGGUCAUUGGAGAACAGCGUGGACAAGGAGUCAAGAUAUCUUCCAGGUGUUUGUGGGAUGCUGACACAGACAACUAUGCAGAAGAUGUUUUCAUGAAUGGCAGCCUCUUCUGUGUGGUAGCAGUUUUUGGAAGCUAUUACUACUGAGGACAAAAGGAUCAGCUGAAGAGACGUAAGAUACCAUUCUUUGUGGAAGCAAGGCAUAUUUGUGGCAAUGUAGUGACGCUAUGAAGAACAGUCUCACUGGGAUUUCAUCACAUUAAUGUCUUCUGUGACAAAUUUUGUCAAGUUUUAUGUCAAAACAUGCACAUUUCAAGUCCUUAAAUUUUGCUAAGCUACUCCUCAAA